CAGCCACAAGACAAUGUUGUUGCUGCAUUGCCCCUGGAUAGCAUUGUUACCCCUGGCUGUGCUGGGACAGACGUACUACAUUAACUUUGUGUUUAAUAAUAAUCGCUAUGCAGGACUGAAUACCCAAGAAGUGAUCAGUAGCGAAACUAAGAUCGAGAAUGAGAGCAACAAUCACAAAGAGAGCGCGAGCAAAAGUCAAAUGUCAGCGGAGCAAGAGAAAAACUCUGCAGAGUCGAGAUCAAGGGAGCAUCAUACAAAAAGACCUCAACACAAAUCCACCACCAAAUCAACAACAACAAAAACCUCAAGAAAACCGGAGAAAACGAAGGAUUCAUCCCAGGAGCAAGAAGUUGACUGCUCGAAGCUGCCCUCAAACACCGACGAAGAGUGCGUGGAAUCCGAUCAAGUUGUGGACAGUGAACUAGAGAAAGAAACUGAAGAGAGCGGCGAGCUCACCACCACAACAAGAACAACAACAGCCACCCCCGCAUCCCCGCAGCCAACGGAGUCCACAAGUCAGAGUAAGGAACCGUUUGAGCCAUCAGCUACUCCAACUCCGCAUCCACCGGAAUUUUUUGCUUAUCCGCAGGCCGAAUGCCACGAAGAAAUGAACCUGCACGAACUCUUUGGCAUCCAGCUGCUGAGGGAUCGAGGAUUACCGUCCAAGGUAUUGUGUGAGUUCGCCAACAGUUGGGGCGGUCCUUGGCUCCUCAUGAAUCGCAUCGAGUUGCCCACUCGCGUUCACAUGCGACAUUGGUUCUUUGGCUACAUCACCGAGGACUACAAGGACAUGAACAUCAAUCUGCUGGCAUUGGCGCAUAUUAUCAAUAACAUGCGAUUGGCCAUGCUGAUUAUUGGCCAGGACAAUAACAAUCAGUUGGUCUACAAUCUAUACGAUGACUUUGUCAUAUCCGGCUUCAACGAUCUCUUCAUGCUGCGCAAGGCGCAUCUCGUCGAGGCGAAUACCACGGAUCUCAUGUUCAUCUCGGUGGGCGAGGUGCUCAUCUCGGAUCCGGGACGCAAUCGUUCGUGUCCCUUUCGUGUGCUGGGCGCCUGGUGGGGUCCCAAGUGGGAUGAAUUUCAUCAGGGAUUCUGUGUAUUUCCUGUGGAGCGAGAUGUACGACGACCUGGUUACAUAGCCUUCUUCAUCAAGCCAAGUCCCUUUGAGGUCAAUAAUACGGCUUUUUAUAGCACGGCUGUGACCACACGUCGACCUUGGGUCACCACGGCAGAUCCUCUUUUAAUGGCAAAGGCCAACAAUGAUCGCAUGUUGUAUAAGAAGCUGAAAGCAGCAGAGUUCUUAGAGAACAAGAAACUAGUUAAGAACGAACUAAUACGACGAGAAGCACGCUACAAGUCAAUAGAAGAAGUGCGUAGAAAUGAAGAGAAAAAUCACAUAGAUGUAGGACUUAUAACGACCACAGAUCAAGGCAAGGCUAAAAUAUAGCGAAGACAACUCAAAGUAGUAGAAUAUAAUAAAAUACUCAUAGGUUUAAGAAGUUACAACAGGUUCAUUAACAUAAUUUAAAAUAGUAGAAAUAGAAUAACAAAUUGUA